UUUCAUGGCGAGCGGGGGACUGGCACUACCGGAUUUUGCCGGACAUUUCUGAUUCCAGAUUCAAUAUGGCGGACGAUAAGAGAAGUCCUGCUGUCUGUUUUGAGGAAAUUUUUAACGAGAUUUCUACCGACAAUUUGCCAAAACUUAAUAAAGAAAGACUGCAGUAUUGCUGUAAUGCUCUAAAGCUGAAAGUUUCCGGCGAAAAGAAAGAACUAGCUCAGAGGUUAGAACCACUCGGAAAGUUCAAGGAGUUGUUUGAUAAAAAAGUCACUCGAAUUCAAGAAGAUUUUAAGUUUUCUACUGCACUCGAUCCCCAUUCUAUUCCACCUCUCUCAGCAAACUGGAAGGUCGUAGGGAAACAGACAGAAGUUGCAGUUCCGACUGUUACUGAAUGUACGAUUAAAGAAUACCAGAAAGCGAAAUACGCUGGAGGAAAAGGACAGUACAGAAAGGCUUAUAAAUUAUUUUCUUCGAGAAGAAUAAUGUCGGUUAAAAUAAUUGAAUGUUCUGGUGACACGUACGUGAAAGCUAGCAUUCUUAAAUCGUACACAGGGAGUAUAAGCAGACCUGCAACACUUUUGUUUUGCAAAAAUACUCCUGUGAAAGCAUACUGUGGUUGUGCAGUGGGCAAAAGCGGAUUAUGUUGUCAUGUUAUAGCCCUUUUAAUACAACUUAAUCACUUCAAUAAUCACAAGAAACUAUACCUUAAUAUGUCAUGCACUGAAAAGCUACAAAAGUGGCAUAAAAAGGGACAAUCAAACACUGCAAGAUCUGCUACUCAAGUGAAGUUAAAGUACAUGAGAAAUUUGCGUGGUGCUAGGAGAGACAUCAAUAAAUUGAGGACAAAGAAAAAGGUCAUCAGUGCUAGUGACAAUGACUACAGUGACUGGUAUACAAGAGAUGUUUUGAAAAUGGAAAAAAAAGUCAAGACUAAAAUCAAUUCAAUGAAAUCAGUUGAAAGUCAUUUUCUUUCAGUCCUGUCCAAGUAUAAAAAAAAAUCAGGUUUAUUUCUGCAUUUAAGGUACAAGAAUGAAUUUCAAAACAAGGAAGCAGGGAGAGAGUAUAAUGAACUUGUAUUGAAACCAAAGUUUGAUGAGAGCACAGAGGCAGUAUGGAGACCAAAACCAGCUGAGUCCGAAGCUAAUACCUUUCCUACAGAUACUGUUCAAGGUGAUGAAGCUAAAUUUAAACAACAAAAUAGCCUCUUGACAAGAUUGAAUUAUGUUCCUGUUGAUCAGUGUUCUAAGGACUGGAGAGCUUUAAGAGUCGGGGUAAUCACUGCUAGUAAAGCCCCAUCAUUACUUGGAUUCCAUGGGAUGAAAGAAUUUGAUUGCUCUUGGUUUGCAAUUAGAAAUAAACUUGAUGAAAGUGUACUGAACCCCAAAAGGUCUAGAUUACCAAAUUUCAUUAGAGGUAAGCAAGAAGAAGGCAAUGCACUCCUCCAGUUUUGUAAUGAUUCAAACCUAGACAUUACCCAGUGUGGGUAUUUUAAACAUCCCACUGACCAGAGAUUUGGGUCAAGUCCAGAUGGAGUAAGCACUGGAGAACAGGAAUUUCUAGUAGAAAUCAAGACCCGAUCCUUGCCAAAUAAAAGUGAUCUGGCAAAGCUAACACAAGAAAAAGUUGAAACAAAACUACUAACCACUCAAACUCCACUAACACAGAUAACAGGAAGUCAUUUAAUACAAUGCCAUUUACAAAUGGAGUGCACUGAAACAUCACUUGUCUACUUGAUGUCCUAUGUUCCAGAAACCGAAGUUGCUGCUUAUUUCCCUAUAGCAAAAAAUCAUGUUCUGAGUGCGAUAAUGUUGGAUUUAUUAAUACACAUAUUUGAAAAAAAAGCCAUGUCUGACUCCUGGGCACAUUUUGAGCAUCCUAGCCUUGUAAAGCUAGGAAGUAAACUUGAAGGAUCACACCCAACUUUUGAAAACACCCGCUAUUUUAGAUCUUGGGUAAAUUCUGAAGCAAAGUUAAUCAAACCUGUAAGAUUUCAGAAAAAUCCCUGCGAAGCAAAUCCAUGUCUUAAUGGUGGUAAGUGUGUAGCGGAUSGAAUCGACCUUCGCUGCGAGUGUAAAGGACAUGUUGGUGAAAACUGCGAGAUUUUAGAUAUCGGUAAGAUUCYACAUAACUGGGUGACGUACUCAUUUCUCACAGCUUUAAAGGCUUUGCGGCAAAUUGAAAACAAAGUGCUGUAA